AUGUCCCGCCGCAAACAGGGCAACCCGCAGCACUUGUCCCAGAGGGAGCUCAUCACCCCAGAACCUGACCAUGUGGAGGCCGCCAUCCUCGAAGAAGACGAGGGUCUGGAGAUAGAAGAGCCCAGCGGCCUGGGGCUGAUGGUGGCAGGCCCCGACCCUGACCUGCUCACCUGCGGACAGUGUCAGAUGAACUUCCCCCUGGGGGACAUCCUGGUUUUUAUAGAGCACAAGAAGAAGCAGUGUGGCGGCAGCCUGGGUGCCUGCUAUGACAAAGGCCUGGACAAGGGCAGUCCGCCGCCCUCCUCACGCUCCGAGCUCAGGAAGGUGUCCGAGCCGGUGGAGAUCGGCAUCCAGGUCACCCCCGACGAAGAUGACCACCUGCUCUCGCCCACGAAAGGCAUCUGCCCCAAGCAGGAGAACAUGGCAGGGCCGUGCAGGCCUGCCCAGCCGCCAGCGAUGGCCCCCAUAGCUGCCUCCUCCUCCCACCCUCACACAUCCGUGAUCACUUCACCUCUGCGCGCCCUGGGCGCUCUGCCGUGCUGCAGCGCGCGCCCUGUCUCGGGUGACGGGACUCAGGGUGAGGGUCAGACGGAGGCUCCCUUUGGAUGCCAGUGUCAGUUGUCAGGUAAAGAUGAGCCUUCCAGCUACAUUUGCACAACAUGCAAGCAGCCCUUCAACAGCGCGUGGUUCCUGCUGCAGCACGCGCAGAACACGCACGGCUUCCGCAUCUACCUGGAGCCCGGGCCGGCCAGCAGCUCGCUCACGCCGCGGCUCACCAUCCCGCCGCCGCUGGGGCCCGAGGCCGUGGCCCAGUCCCCGCUCAUGAAUUUCCUGGGCGACAGCAACCCCUUCAACCUGCUGCGCAUGACGGGCCCCAUCCUGCGGGACCACCCGGGCUUCGGCGAGGGCCGCCUGCCCGGCACGCCGCCGCUCUUCAGCCCGCCGCCGCGCCACCACCUGGACCCGCACCGCCUCAGUGCCGAGGAGAUGGGACUCGUCGCCCAGCACCCCAGUGCCUUCGACCGAGUCAUGCGCCUGAACCCCAUGGCCAUCGACUCGCCCGCCAUGGACUUCUCGCGGCGGCUCCGCGAGCUGGCGGGCAACAGCUCCACGCCGCCGCCUGUGUCGCCGGGCCGCGGCAACCCUAUGCACCGGCUCCUGAACCCCUUCCAGCCCAGCCCCAAGUCCCCGUUCCUGAGCACGCCGCCGCUGCCGCCCAUGCCCGGCGGCACGCCGCCCCCGCAGCCGCCCGCCAAGAGCAAGUCGUGCGAGUUCUGCGGCAAGACCUUCAAGUUCCAGAGCAAUCUCAUCGUGCACCGGCGCAGCCACACGGGCGAGAAGCCCUACAAGUGCCAGCUGUGCGACCACGCGUGCUCGCAGGCGAGCAAGCUCAAGCGCCACAUGAAGACGCACAUGCACAAGGCCGGCUCGCUGGCCGGCCGCUCCGACGACGGGCUCUCGGCCGCCAGCUCCCCGGAGCCCGGCACCAGCGAGCUGGCCGGCGAGGGCCUCAAGGCGGCCGACGGCGACUUCCGCCACCACGAGAGUGACCCGUCGCUGGGCCACGAGCCCGAGGAGGAGGAUGAAGAGGAGGAGGAGGAAGAGGAGGAGCUGCUGCUGGAGAACGAGAGCCGGCCCGAGUCGAGCUUCAGCAUGGACUCGGAGCUGAGCCGCAACCGUGAGAACGGGGGCGGCGGCGGCGGCGUGGCCGGGGUGCCGGGCGCGGGCGGCGCGGCCAAGGCGCUGGCCGACGAGAAGGCGCUGGUGCUGGGCAAGGUCAUGGAGAACGUGGGCCUGGGCGCGCUGCCGCAGUACGGCGAGCUGCUGGCCGACAAGCAGAAGCGCGGCGCCUUCCUGAAGCGCGCGGCGGGCGGCGACCCGGGCGACGACGACGACGCGGGCGGCUGCGGGGACGCGGGCCCGGGCGGCGCGGUCAACGGGCGCGGCGGCGGCUUCGCGCCGGGCGCCGAGCCCUUCCCGGGCCUCUUCCCGCGCAAGCCGGCGCCGCUGCCCAGCCCCGGGCUCAACAGCGCGGCCAAGCGCAUCAAGGUGGAGAAGGACCUGGAGCUGCCGCCCGCCGCGCUCAUCCCGUCCGAGAACGUGUACUCGCAGUGGCUCGUGGGCUACGCGGCGUCCCGGCACUUCAUGAAGGACCCCUUCCUGGGCUUCACGGACGCGCGCCAGUCGCCCUUCGCCACGUCGUCCGAGCACUCGUCCGAGAACGGCAGCCUGCGCUUCUCCACGCCGCCCGGGGACCUGCUGGACGGCGGCCUGUCGGGCCGCAGCGGCACGGCCAGCGGGGGCAGCACGCCGCACCUGGGUGGCCCGGGCCCCGGGCGGCCGAGCUCCAAGGAGGGCCGGCGCAGCGACACGUGCGAGUACUGCGGCAAGGUGUUCAAGAACUGCAGCAACCUGACGGUGCACCGGCGGAGCCACACCGGCGAGCGGCCUUACAAGUGCGAGCUGUGCAACUACGCGUGCGCGCAGAGCAGCAAGCUCACGCGCCACAUGAAGACGCACGGGCAGAUCGGCAAGGAGGUGUACCGCUGCGACAUCUGCCAGAUGCCCUUCAGCGUCUACAGCACCCUGGAGAAACACAUGAAAAAGUGGCACGGCGAGCACUUGCUGACUAACGACGUCAAAAUCGAGCAGGCCGAGAGGAGCUAA